AUGAAAGAAUUCUUUGUCACAGGUGAGAACACUCUGAAGGGCGGUGAAGAUGCCCAAAAUUCGGAAGUUCUGGACGGCCAGAAAAAAGCACGCUCCAUGGUGUAUAGCACCAUCAAAUCUGUAUCUUAUCUAGAUUUACUUUUGCCCUUCACCAUUCUACUCUGUAUGAUAGUUUCCAUAUUAAUAUCUGUCUAUGUGCCGUCCUCCCGUCACACAUUCGAUGCUGAGAACCAUGCUAGUUUGGUGAACGUCUCCAUACCACUUGCAAUCGGGAUGAUUGUCAUGAUGAUUCCUCCAAUUUGCAAAGUGUCUUGGGAGUCUAUACACAAAUACUUGAAGGAAAAGUAUGUAUGGAGGCAAUUAUUGCUAUCUCUUAUUCUCAACUGGAUUUUUGGACCAUUGUUAAUGACGGCCUUGGCAUGGUUAGCCUUAUUUGAGCACAAAGAGUAUCGUGAGGGUAUUAUAAUGAUAGGAAUCGCCAGAUGUAUUGCAAUGGUAUUGAUUUGGAACCAAAUUGCUGGUGGUGAUAACGAUUUGUGUGUUGUUUUGGUUGUUUGCAAUUCGGUAUUGCAGAUGGUCCUAUAUGCGCCUUUACAAUUACUAUACUGCUACGUGAUUUCAAAUGACCAUUUUCAGGGUUCUUACAACGCAAUGUUUAGCGAGGUGGCCAAGUCCGUUAGCGCAUUUCUUGGAAUACCAUUAUGUUGUGGGAUUCUAAUUCGUUUAAUAUUUGUUUACAGUAUUGGGAAACACAAUUAUGAAAAGCAUAUUCUCAAAUACAUAUCUCCAUGGGCUAUGAUAGGCUUUCACUAUACAAUUUGCAUCCUAUUUGUCAGUCGUGGGUAUCAGUUCAUUCAUGAGAUUGGAUCCGCUUUCUUGUGUUUCAUCCCUUUGGUCUUAUACUUCAUCCUCGCCUGGAGCUUCACGUUUGUCCUCAUGAGGUAUCUAACGAACACAAAGCCCAGUGACGAUGAAAAAUGCGAAUGCGAUCAAGAGCAGCUUCUCCUAAAAAAGAGUUGGGGGAAAAAGACUUGCAGUUCAAACUACCCCAUAACUAUGACACAGUGUUUUACAACAGCCUCCAACAACUUCGAGUUAUCGUUGGCCGUUGCAAUAUCGAUUUAUGGAAACGAUAGUCAGCAAGCCAUAGCUGCAACUUUUGGGCCAUUGUUGGAGGUUCCUAUCUUGAUGAUAUUGGCUAUUUUCGCUAGAUAUCUACGGAUACGAUUCAUAUGGAGGGAUGAUGUUAUACCGAAAGUUGAAAGAUAG